AGGAUUUAGUGAACAAACGUUACUGGGGAAAGAGAAGUGAUGAUGAUUUAGUGAACAAACGUUACUGGGGAAAGAGAAGUGAUGAUUUAGUGAACAAACGUUACUGGGGAAAGAGAAGUGAUGAUGAUCUGGUGAACAAACGUUACUGGGGAAAAAGAAGCGAUGAUGAUCUGGUGAACAAACGUUACUGGGGAAAGAGAAGUGAUGAUGAUUUGGUGAACAAACGUUACUGGGGAAAGAGAAGUGAUGAUUUAGUGAACAAACGUUACUGGGGAAAGAGAAGUGAUGAUGAUCUGGUGAACAAACGUUACUGGGGAAAGAGAAGUGAUGAUGAUCUGGUGAACAAGCGCUACUGGGGAAAGAAAAGCCUUGAGAACAUCGACUUGGAAGGCCCGUAUGCCCCUCCCAAUAUCUUCGGCCGCCGCGAUGACUCCACGGCCGCUGAUGAUGGCUCCGCCCCAGCUGCAAGUGACGACACGACAGAGGACACGCCCACUGAUGACGCCGGGGAAGUCCAGCUGACUCCGGAACAAGAGGCGGAGCUUGAAGCUGCGGUGAAGGCGGAGUUGGAGGCGGAGCUUGGGGCGGAGUUUGUCGAAUCUUUGGAGACGGAGGAGGCGGCGGAGGAGCUGGAGGAAACAGCUGACGUGUUGCACGCGGCGGCCGCCCUCGAGUGACGUCAUCACUCUAUGGCGCUCCCAUUGGCCGAGGGAGCUGAGUUUGGGCGGGAUCAUGACGACGAUGCCCUCCUUUGCUUUGGGAAAAAAAUAAAAACCAAUAAGAAAACCCCCACCAAAAUCCCCCCCCCCCCCCCCCCCCCCCAUUUAGAAUGAUGUCAUGGGGAACCGAAGCUCUCGUCUGAGGAAUAUGAGGAGUUAGAAUCUACUCUGUUACUGUUAAGAUAUACAUCAACCUCGACUUUCAAUGCUAUUUAUUCCUUUUUUUUCUGCGCCAGUGAGAGUCAAUAAAAUUCCCCCAAAAAUGACAA